UAAAAAAAAAAAACAGAAACUCAAAACGAUGUCGUUGGUAACCGAAGAAAUCAAGUCGAAAUCAGAGGUAUUCCAUGGCGACCAAAUCUGUCAACAAAUAUGCAAAGACUUUCUUGUAGAAUUUGCUCUCCCCAAUGGCCUGUUACCAUUGAAAGACAUCACUGAAGUUGGUCGCCACAGAGAAACGGGUUUCGUUUGGGUGAAACAGAAGAAAAGCAUAACACACAGAUUUGAAAAGAUUGGGAAAGUUACAUCUUAUGCUACUGAGGUUACUGCUCGUGUUGUAAAAGGUAGGAUUAAGAAAAUGACCGGUGUGAAAACCAAAGAGCUUUUCAUUUGGAUUACACUUAGUGAUGUUUAUAUUGAUGAUCCGCCAACUGGUAAAAUCACUUUCCAAACUCCUGCUGGACUUUCUAGAACCUUCCCAGUUUCUGCUUUUGAAGUUGAUGAGAAACCAAGUGGUGUUAAACAGGUUUAGUUUUGGAUCUCUCUAUUGGUUCAUGUAAUGUGUUGCUGAUAAAUCAUCCUCUAUUGUUAUUAUUUUGAAAUAUCCACCGAUUAGAUGACAUUAUAGUGGAGAAUUUGAAUUCGAAUCUAGUUCUUCUUAAGUUCGGUUCGGAUGGUGCAUGUUAAGUUGGCAACUUAUCCACUAGCAUAUUUAAUUUGUAAUGUUUUAAUGAAUAUUUGAAU